AUGAAAAGUCCAUAACAUUAAGAAUAAUUCAAAUAAGUGAAGUAGAAUCCCUUAAAUAAUUCAAAAAGUAAACAAUUAUACACCUUCCCCAAAUCUCCGAGAUUCAAUUACAAAGAAUAACGAGAGUAAAACAUGUAAAUAGCAAAUUAGUAACUCACCAUCCUUUUAUUAAAUUAAAACUGAUCUCGUUUCCCCUAAUAAAGGAGUCUCUUUUGGAUCUGGCUCCAAAGUUGACUUCUCUAAAUUGGGAACAAAAACUCCAGGCCCAGGAUAUUACCAAGUCUAACAGCAAAAACUUAAUCAAGUCACUAAUUUGAAAAAACAUACCAUGGGAGUUGGUAGAACAUACACAAAACAGAAAAGUGAAGUACCUCCUGUUGGAGUUUAUGAAGUAGCUCAAAAUUUAGUCUAAGUUAAUAAGGCUCCACAUUUUGGGUUAAAAUUAUAACCAAGUAUAUGAAAAUCAUUAUAAUAGAGAAUGAAACAUGCUCUCCUGGGCCUGGAAAGUAUGACAUCUAAGUAAAAGAACACUCUAAAUCAUUCAUUGCUGGAUUUGGUUCUGGAAGAUCAGGUCAGACUACUGACGAUACUCCUGGACCUUAAGAAUAUAGACCCAGAACUGAAAUGUCUCCAAAAUAUGCAAAUUCAAAUUGGACUAAUUGCCAAACAACUACCUUUUCAAAGGUCAAACGUUUUGGAAGCAACAAAACUAUUACGCCUGGGCCUGGAAACUAUUAAAUAGCUGGAGAAUUUGGAAUAUACUGA